ACCAUCCAUCACCGGUAUUAAAAUCAAUCUACCCUCAUUCAAGCCAGUACACAUGGCAACGCGACGAAGAGCUUCAUUGGAAGCGAGAGAAGGCAUUCCAUUGCCAUCGAAAGGAGCGAAAAUGCCAUUCACUCAGGAGGCGUAUGAUGAUUUCCGACGGCGUCACAGCAAGCAGAACAAGGAAAUCAUCACGUAGGAAAUGACUUUAUAUACCACUUCUGACACAUCAUACAGCGAAAAUGCGCUCAGAAAGACCACAAUCAAUGCACUUCACCUGGAGAUAACAGCUCUGCGUAAUGAACUGUUUGCUGUCAAAAGGGCAAAUGUUUGCCUGCUCUCUCAAGUCAAGAAGGCUCAGAACAGACAUGAAAUCUUUGGAAAGGAGACGAUGGAUGCCUUGGAGCAACUCUUCGCCGCCUUACCGAUACUUCAAAGACUGCGAGAUGAUCUGGCAGAAACCGGCUUCGAGGCCGAUGAAACGCCUCUCAUUGCACCGAUCCCAGCUAUGAGAUCUACCGAUAAUCCAGUGGCUACUCGCCCAGCUGCGACUGGUGGCCAGAUCCUGGGAGCCGGUUUCCUAGGUGUGCUGCCAGAAAUCAACGAAGACGGACAAGAAAUCUCUCCGGUGGAGCUGCCAGUACCACGGAAAGGUCAAGAGCCUAAACAGCCUCGAGCAUCCCUGUCGUCUUUGUCCCAUCCAACUGUGGCCGUUUGCGAGGAUUCCAAACACUUGUCUGCAUUUCCAAAUUCCCCCAGCGUGACAUCAUUUCCCCGUUCACCUUCUCUUGUCAAGAUACAAGGACGACGACGAGACAGCGGCGCCUUCAAGCCCGACCAAACCGAGGCUGGAGAACCCAUAGCGGAAUCAAGGUCAGACCCGCGCCUCAGUGGAGUAACUGCAAGGCGCAAAGGACGAACGUCGUCCGCGUUGACUUCAUCCCGGAUCAGAGAGGCGAUCGCGAUGAUCGACUCAGACACCGAGGCACCAUCGCCCAUAUCGUCGGGCUCAGCCAACAACCGGUCCAUUCCAGUCGAUAGUCAAACCACGCCUCACGACAAUGCUUCCCCCCAUCCAUCAUCGGCAACUCACAAUGAAGCUGGACCGUCCACCGGAGCUGACACGGAGACAGCAGAUAUGAUCGAGAACGGCCUCAGGGGACGGCGCAUCCGCCAGAGUGUCAAUUACAAAGAGCCCAGCUUGACCAAAAAAAUGCGGAAACCUGAUGGCCUGUCACUUGAGGAGACCCUCAAAAAGUCGUACAGCCGGCCAUCGAUGGACAUGCUAUCCGAAACGGCCCCGGGAUUCAUUGGCAGACCGACUAUGGAUUCGACUCGGGGAGGAGGAUUGCGGCGCAAAAGCGCAUUACCGAAGUCGGGCAACUACAUCACCUUCAACAAGGACGAGGAAACAACCGAUGACGAGGAGGAGGUAGACAGCUUCUUGGACCUCGCUUUGGGAGGCUUAGCUUUGGACGAGAAGUCUUUUGCUAACUCGAAAUCAAGCUCUGGAGCGACAUCACCCCAGGCUGAGCAUGUUCCCCCUCGCACUUCGCCUAAGAAAACCCCGCCUCGAAGCUUUGGGAAUUUCAAGGCGUCGUCAAGCCGGACAGUCACCAGGGUGUCUCCACGGAAAAGACAGGGAGUCUCGCCUUCAAAGCAUCAGGGUUCAUCUUCCCCGCCCGCAAAGCCGCGCUCCUUGCCAGCACCAAAGAGCGCCCAGGGAAGAAAUGCCCUAGGUGAUCUGAACUACAACCCGAAGAUCAAAUCGAACUCUGCUCGGAAGAGCGCCCUGGGUGCGAAGGAUACGACUAGGAUAACGGCACGGAGACGUUUAACGUCAGUGUCAGAAUCAGCGUAAGGAUUGCAAGGUGAAGGCAUCAUAUCUACAUUACUUGUACAAGGGAUGAAUUGAUACUCGAGAUACAGUGAAGGGUCUAUUUGCUGGAUGUCUCCUCCAAGAUUGUCUUGUUGAAGUCUUCCAGUGGUACGAGAUCCUUCUC